AUGAAGACCUUCACCACCCUCACCACCGCCCUCCUCCUCGCCUCCUCCGCGAUCGCCUCGCCGCUCGACACCCGCAGCGAAAAGAUCGAGAUCACCACCUGGUCGGGCGACAACUGCGAGGGCUCGUCCGCGCACCCGUCCAUCAGCGGCGGCACGGGCUGCUUCGAGAGCCUGCCGGGGCCUCGUUCAACAUCGACACCACCAGCAGCAAGUGCAAGUUCGAUUGUCUACGCCGGUACCGAUACCGGCUGUCUUGGGGUGGCGUUUGGGUCGGUCGAGUUGAAGUGUUAG